GUGGGUGGUGGCAGUGAAGAGAAGAGAAGGAGAGCACGAAUGACGGUCACAUGGCAUCGUAGCGGGCUACUCUUCUGCCCUGACUUGUCAGUAUUCCGUGAAGUGUUGUGCCGUGACUGCGUGCGGCCCUCCUUACGUCUGCAACCCCGCGCAACACCGCUUGGAAAAAGUUCUAGAACACUCGUUUUUUUCCCCCCUCGUCCUUUCCUUCGAUUCCCUCUUCUCUUACGAGAGAAAGAAUCUUUCUCGUCGUUUCUAUUCUACAAGAUCGUGCAAGAGAAACGUAGCAAAUGAUAAUGAAUUGAAUUUCUUACGAUGGUCGAAACGCCUCCUUCGAAAACGUUGUUCUCUCUUUCGAGCAAGGAUAUCGAUUGGUGGAAACGAGAAAGAUUGAACGAUUAAACGAACGGUGAUUGUUCUUCUCGAAGUGACACGUUUUUGAGGAAGAAACUUUGAAACUUUAAGGAAGAAGAGAAAUAAAAAUUGAAAUUUUCGUGAUAUAAUAUUUCAGGUUAAGUUUGAAGAUAAAGGUUAAGAAUACCUCGUGCGCUUUUCUUCGAAGAUUUAAGAAGGUUGAAGCGAACGAAUUCUCGGUGAAAUAAAAUUUCCUUCUGGUAGUGGGAUAAAUUCUAUUUCUGGUGGAAGUAUACUAUUUUCGAAGAUUUUCUAUUUUCGUCCGACACGUUCAAUCUUACGCAAUUGAAGGUGAAAACUGGACGUGCAAGUUGAAUCGAACGUUAACCGAGAAUCGAUCGUUCAAAAUGUACGUUGACGAGUUUCUGGCGCGAAUCACGAGUCGAGAUUCCUCUCUUCUUAAAAUUCUGCGAAUGGCAUCCUCGUCGUCGAAGACGAGGAUCCUAGUGUGAUUCGGUUUAGGAAUCGUUCGAAUAAGAGUUUGGAGGUCGAUCCGUCUAAAGAUAGUGGUUCGAAGGUCUCCGCGAAAGAAUUUGGGAGCCAUUUUGGGAAGUUGAGACGAGGGAAGAAUCAGAAAAUAGGAGGGGGAGGGAAAUAAAAUUGAAUAUUAAAGUUGAUAGAAGAAACUGCCAAAGAAGUAUUAAAUAUAUUAAAUAUUAAGUGGAAGAAGAAGAAAAAAAGGCUCGAAGAAAUACUCUCGUUGGUAAUUGGUCGUAGCCACUUUUCGAGAAGUGUAUCGAAGUGGAACUCGAAGGAAAAAACUAACAGGAGCAUCAUUUAACGUUGUCUAAGGAACGCGCGUCGCUCGAGUGUACUUUGAUGCGAUGAAUCAACCGAGGUCGAAAUAAAAAGGAAGUUAUCGAAACGAACGUUCGAAGAGUCUUGUUAACGAAGGAAUAAUGCCAUCUUUCAUGCCUUCCUUUCGUUACAUUCCCAUCUCGUAGCCUGUACCUUUCUUUUCUUCGAAGAUUCAAUCGAUCAAACCAACACGUGUCCUAUUCUCGAGUAAAAUCAAAAUCGAGAAAUUACUUGAAUCAUCCAAGAAGAUCUUGGAAAAUAUUUCAACGAUUUGUAUACUAAGACGAGGAAAGAAUGGACGUUUUAAGAAGGAAUAUCGAUCGAUUAUCGAGUAGAAUCUAAAAAUAGAGGAUCAAGAGCGGGGAAGGGUUUUCUCGCGGCAAGAGGUCAGCAUGGCAGUCGACAACCCCUCGUACUUCUCGUUGUCGAGCGGGGCGUCGUCGUCGUCGUCGUCCGCGCCGGCAACGAGCGCCGUCGCCUUUUCGCCCCCCUCGAAGCCCGGCUUGACGGCACUGUUCCGUCGACGCGCCUGCAAAACGGCAACAGGGGAGGGCGGCGGCAACAGGGGCAACGGCUCAGAUGAGCGGAGCGCAGCGCCGAGGAGCAGCCCGAGCCCGCACUGCAACGGACCCCAGGGGGGCGCAUGCGCAAACCAGAGAAGGAGCUUCAGGAGUUUGUUCAGGUCCGUGAGCGCCAACGCGGACCCGGAGAGGACCCAGCAGUUCCUCAAGGGUGACCCAAGGCCGUCCGACGUCGCCCCACCCUCGCCCUACCUGCCCCACAGAUCGCACUCGCACUCGGAGAACGACAAGAGGAGGCCAGGGCGGAGCAGGGGGGCGUUGAAGUCGGCCAGCGAGCUUUUGUCCAACGAUAUGGUGUAUUGCGGGUUGGCGAGGGAUAAUCACGGAGACGAGGAGGAGGACGAGGAGGAGGGAGAGGGAGGGGAGGAAGGAGAAGGAGAGGAAGAUCGGGAGUCGAACGAGGUGUUCGUAGGCGUGGACGAUGCCAGGUAUUACAAUCUCUCGUCCAGUAUACCGGGAACGGGUCGAAGAAGACACUCGAUCAGCACUUUCUUGGGCAAGGAGCGAGGCUCUUGUUCUAGCAGGCUCGAAAACGUGUCGAGGAAACAGCAGAGCUCGGCCGGUUUGGCGGAGCCUGACGCGAUGGCGCCACCUGUGCCGACGGUUGACAGUGUGGACGGGGAGGAGCGGAGGCCGAGGUCCUGCAGCAGAUCCAGGCGCAGGAGGCAUCGAAGCGCUUCGAGCAAAGGUGAGUCGAGAAGGAAUUGACAAAGUUGUGCGAAACGGUUAAUCGAUGAACGAGAAGCGGGUAUCGAUCAGAAGGGGAAUCGAUUCGGUUGUUGAACGAGAGUCAUAAUGGUUUGUUCGUUGAACUGUAUUGUUUCGAGGUUAAACGUCCAUGUUCCUAUCCUGUUUCGAUUCGAAACCAUUUCGCUUCGUUCGACGAAACUUAAUUGGCUCGGUUAAGAAUCGUCGAUUCGAAACGAGUGACGACGUGUGAAAGAACGACGCCGGUGGGCGAAUUCUCACGAAUCGCUUCUGAACUGAUUCCCACGGGCCAGAUUUCGCCCGCAUCAUGUCUUGUCGAAUCACGUACAAAAGCCUCGUUACGAAUUUCCAAUGAUUCCUGCGACGGGACAAGCCGUAUGUGAAGGGUGUCCCAAAAUUCGCGCGAGAAGUAUAAUUUCGAGAGAAAAUACAGGUUUGUGAUUA